AUGGCCCCUUUUGCGGCAAUGUAUGGGAGGAAGUGCCGCUCUUCUUUGAGUUGGGACGAUGUUGGUGAGCAAGAGAUUUUUGGGGCUGAGCUGAUUGCCAAGUCAGUUAAUGCUGCAAGGAUCAUUCGGGAGCGACUUCGCAUAGCGCAGGACCGAUUUAAGCAUUGGGCAGAUGCGAAGCGUCGACACUUGGAGUUUCAGCCAGGUGAUCAUGUGUUCCUGAAGAUUUCCCCCAACCGAUGCACUAUUCGCUUUGGAAGGCGUGGGAAGUUGACCCCGCGAUAUGUAGGACCUUUUGACGUAUUAGAGAAAAUUGGAGAAGUGGUGUAUCGACUUGCAUUACUACCCGCAUUAGCUGGAGUGCAUGACGUAUUCCACGUUUCUCAGUUGCGAAGAUAUGUCGGAGAUCCGAGUCAUGUCGUAGAUUUCUCGGAGAUUGAGGUACGACCUGAUCUGACAUAUGAGAAGCAGCCUGUGGCGAUCCUGGACCGAAGAGAGAAUACUCUCCGGAACAAGACUAGUACACUCGUUCGUGAGAUGUGGCACCCAGAUUCUCCUGGCGAGUCGACUUGGGAGACUGAGUCUGAGAUGCGACAGCGAUACCCGCAUCUGUUUCUUGAAUUUUAG